AUAAUUCACAUACUUCAUCUCGAGAUACUAACACCCAAGAAGAUGUAGAAAUGACAAAUGUUGAAGAAGAGACAGAACGAUAUCACAAAACACAUGGGUAUUCAUAUCCUAAUGAGAUCAACGUUGAAACUGCCUACCAAGAUAUUAGUAUGUCUGAAGACAUGAAGACUUUAAUUGAAUUGAAAGAUACUUGGGCAAAAAAAAACCAUGAAAAGUUCCCUUAUAUAAAUGAAGACAUUAGUAUAAAAGAAUCAUUUAAUUUAGUUCAAAAUGCAAUAACAAGCUUGCAACAAGAAAUACUUCAAGAUCAAGUUGAAUCAAGCCAAUUUCAAGAACGAACAGAAAAUAUACAAGCACUUAUAAAAUCUUUUAAUGAAAUCUUUUAUAAACGCUAUAUAAAAGAGCUUGAAGCUAAACACCUAUAUAAUAACAUUCUUAAUGACUUGAAAGCAAUACUUUUACAAUUUAGAGAAAAUAAAUUGAGUCUAAAUCAAGUAGAUGAUCAUUUAAUGAAAAAAAUAAAGGACAAAGUUGAUAAUAUUAAUAAUCAUAUUAGAACUGAAUUCACAAAAAUGAAUGAUUGUGGAUAUAAGGAGGAGUUUGAAGCUUUAAGAGACUCACUUACAAGGUUUAAUGAAAUUAUGAGCUUAAUAGAGAAAUCUUUAAAGUUACCUCAAUUUAUAGCAGAAUUAGAUAAAAAAUCAAAUGAUCUACUUCUACAUUAUUUCAAUGAUUGGGCUAUCGCUAAGGAAAAAAUUGGCAGCGGAUAUGAAGAAGAAAAUCAACCAAUAGACUAUCUUAUUAAUAAUUUGUCGCAAGAAAAAAAUAAAUUCAAAGCACUAGUAAGAAUCGAAAAUAUCAAGCAAAAAGUUUUGAAGAAAUUUUCAGAUUUACAAAACCAAUGGAACUCAAAAUUACUUAACUAUGCAGACAAUGAAGCAUAUUCAAUUCAUCUGGAAAAAGCCAACAGAUUAAUUAAUAACAUUGGUAGUGAUCUAGAAAUUAGUUUUUAUGAAGGAGCUUUUAAACUUCAGACUCUAGAUGAAAAUUUAGAAACAAUUUUAAACGAAAUAACAGAGCAAGAGCAAAUAGUAGUUAAACAUGAGGAUAAUGUACA